GUCACUCGUGUAAAAACCUAUGCUUUGAAGGUUCUUGUGUGCCUCAGCCUGCAGGUCUCGCUCAGAGCUGUGUCUUUGAACAUCCACCCCACGAUGCUGGGGUGGCUUGACGCACCUCUGUGCAAAUCUGUUCACUCGCAGCCCUACCCCUCGCCCGAGCCGGAGAAAACCCUAGGAUGUGUCCUUCCGGGUUUUGUGUCGAAUCUGCGGCGGCGACCCGGCGCCGCGUCGUGGGGUGGGGAAUGUGCGGCAGCACGCGCGCCGCGGCGUUUACGCGGCGAUUUCAUCAUGCUCCGGGCCUGGCCGCGCGCGCCGCUUCCGUCGCCACCCUCUCUAGACCGCCCAGGGCCGCCGGCUCAUGCCCUCUCCGCGUCCAGCGCUGCUUAGAGGUGCUCGCGCCGCUCUACUGCUGCUGCUACCGCCCCGGCUCUUAGCCCGGCCCUCGCUCCCGCCCCGCCGACCCCUCAGCGCGCCCUCCUGCGCCCCGAUCUCCUUCCCCGCCGCCUCCCGGAGCAGCAUGGACGGCGCGGGGGCUGAGGAGGUGCUGGCACCUCUCAGGCUAGCAGUGCGCCAGCAGGGAGAUCUUGUGCGAAAACUCAAAGAAGAUAAAGCACCCCAAGUAGAUGUAGACAAAGCAGUGGCUGAGCUCAAAGCCCGCAAGAGGGUUCUGGAAGCAAAGGAGCUGGCAUUACAGCCCAAAGAUGAUAUUGUAGACCGAGCAAAAAUGGAAGAUACCCUGAAGAGGAGGUUUUUCUAUGAUCAAGCUUUUGCUAUUUAUGGAGGUGUUAGUGGUCUGUAUGACUUUGGGCCAGUUGGCUGUGCUUUGAAGAACAAUAUUAUUCAGACCUGGAGGCAGCACUUUAUCCAAGAGGAACAGAUCCUGGAGAUCGAUUGCACCAUGCUCACCCCUGAGCCAGUUUUAAAGACCUCUGGCCAUGUAGACAAAUUUGCUGACUUCAUGGUGAAAGAUGUGAAAAAUGGAGAAUGUUUUCGUGCUGACCAUCUAUUAAAAGCUCAUUUACAGAAAUUGAUGUCUGAUAAGAAGUGUUCUGUCGAAAAGAAAUCAGAGAUGGAAAGUGUUUUGGCCCAGCUUGAUAACUAUGGACAGCAAGAACUUACGGAUCUUUUUGUGAACUAUAAUGUAAAAUCUCCCAUUACUGGAAAUGACCUAUCCCCUCCAGUAUCUUUUAACUUAAUGUUCAAGACUUUCAUUGGGCCUGGAGGAAACAUGCCUGGGUACUUGAGACCAGAAACUGCACAGGGAAUUUUCUUGAAUUUCAAACGACUUUUGGAAUUCAACCAAGGAAAGUUGCCUUUUGCUGCUGCCCAGAUUGGAAAUUCUUUUAGAAAUGAGAUCUCCCCUCGAUCUGGACUGAUCAGAGUCAGAGAAUUCACAAUGGCAGAAAUUGAGCACUUUGUCGAUCCGAGUGAGAAAGACCACCCCAAGUUCCAAAAUGUGGCAGACCUUCACCUUUAUUUGUAUUCAGCAAAAGCCCAGGUCAGCGGACAGUCCGCUCGGAAAAUGCGCCUGGGAGAUGCUGUUGAACAGGGUGUGAUUAAUAACACAGUAUUAGGCUAUUUCAUUGGCCGCAUCUACCUCUACCUCACGAAGGUUGGAAUAUCUCCAGAUAAACUCCGCUUUCGGCAGCACAUGGAGAAUGAGAUGGCCCAUUACGCCUGUGACUGUUGGGAUGCAGAAUCCAAAACAUCCUACGGUUGGAUUGAGAUUGUUGGAUGUGCUGAUCGUUCCUGUUAUGACCUCUCCUGUCAUGCACGAGCCACCAAAGUCCCACUUGUAGCUGAGAAACCUCUGAAAGAACCCAAAACAGUCAGUGUUGUUCAGUUUGAACCCAAUAAGGGAGCAAUUGGUAAGGCGUAUAAGAAGGAUGCAAAACUGGUGAUGGAGUAUCUUGCCGUUUGUGAUGAGUGCUACAUUACAGAAAUGGAGAUGCUGCUGAAUGAGAAAGGGGAAUUUACAAUUGAAACUGAAGGGAAAACAUUUCAGUUAACAAAAGACAUGGUCAAUGUGAAGAGAUUCCAGAAAACACUAUAUGUGGAAGAAGUUGUUCCGAAUGUAAUUGAACCCUCCUUCGGCCUGGGUAGGAUCAUGUAUACGGUAUUUGAACAUACAUUCCAUGUACGAGAAGGAGAUGAACAGAGAACAUUCUUCAGUUUCCCUGCUGUAGUCGCUCCAUUCAAAUGUUCCGUCCUCCCACUGAGCCAAAACCAGGAGUUCAUGCCGUUUGUCAAGGAAUUAUCGGAAGCCCUCACCAGGCACGGAGUGUCUCACAAGGUAGACGAUUCCUCUGGGUCAAUUGGAAGGCGCUACGCCAGGACUGAUGAGAUUGGCGUGGCUUUUGGUGUCACCAUUGACUUUGACACAGUGAACAAGACCCCCCACACAGCAACUCUGAGGGACCGUGACUCAAUGCGGCAGAUAAGAGCAGAGGUCUCUGAGCUGCCCAGCAUAGUCCGAGACCUAGCCAAUGGCAGCAUCACAUGGGCCGAUGUGGAGGCCAGGUAUCCUCUGUUUGAAGGGCAAGAGACUGGUAAAAAAGAGACAAUCGAGGAAUGAAGACAAUUUUGACAACUUUUGACCACUUGUGCUGAAAAACAAAACAAAACAAAACAAAAAACUCUUAUCAUGUCCACUUUACAAAAGAAAACAGCAUUGUGAUUACUCCCAGGGACUGUAUUUUAUCUUCAGUGGCUGCCUGAUUUUACCCCCACAAUUAAAGUUGAAGGAAUCCUGAACAAA